GCAGCAAGUACCAGCCGGGCUUCCUGACAUGCCGGAGUGGCCAUGGGCAUGCUCAGGAUCCUCGGCCCGCUUCUCGUGGCCCUGUGCGCUUAUUAUUUCUACAGCCAAGAGACCUUCUCAGCAGAGAUGAUGCGAGGCAAACGUGUCCUGGUGACGGGCUCCAGCACAGGGAUCGGGGAGCAAAUGGCCUAUGAGUUUGCGCGGAUGGGGGCCCAUGUGAUGGUGACGGCCAGGAGGGAGGAGCAACUCCGGCAGGUGGUUCAGAAGUGCCUGGAGCUGGGGGCAAGCUCUGCUGCAUACGCUGUGUCAGAUAUGAAGAACCUGACCUCUGCCCAGAAGGUUGUGGGAGAAGCCAAGGCCGCCUUUGGGGGUCUUGACAUGCUCGUGCUGAACCACAUGGGAGGAAAUGCUGUGUUUCAUCCUUUCAAAGAAGACAUGGAGUUAGUGAUCACCUCUAUGACCAUAAACUUCCUCAGCUACGUGCAGCUGACGAUUUCGGCAAUGGACCUUCUCCAAGAGGCUCAUGGGAGCAUUGUUGUCGUGUCUUCUAUGGCUGGCCGCAUCCCUGUCCCGUUCUCCACCGCGUACGCCGCAGCCAAGUUCGCCCUGGAGGGCUUCUACAGCAGCCUGCGCACAGAGCUGCGGCUGCGGGGGGUCGACCUGCCCAUCACAGUGGCCGUCUUGGGGUACAUCGACACAGAUUCUGCUCUGAAGCUCAUCGGGAGCAAAAUCAAUAUAGAGGCAAGCCCGAAAGAAGACUGUGCCCGGGAGAUCGUGAGAGGUGGCGUGCUGCGAAAGCGGGAGGUUUUCUAUCCUUACUGGAGCACCAAGCCCCCCCUGUUGCUCCGGGACUGGCUGCCAGAGCUCUUGGAGCAAUUCCUUAACCAAGCAUACCUCCUGGAGAAAAUCCUCUGAAAAGGGCUUGUGCUGUGACCUUGGGUGUUCCAGAAAAGGUGUGCCGCACUGAAAGUCAUUCCUCAAGUUAGCCACAAAGGAAAGUGGCAAAGCGUGCAAAACUUUCAUUUCAUUAAAACUCUAUAGAUUUGUAGGCAA